CUGAAGAUGGCGGCCAGUGGUCGAAAGGAAAGCUUAGCUGAAGCCCUUAACAGUAAACCAGCCUGCGUGACCUCCGUCAACAAGUUGGGCAACCAUUUGAUCCACACGGCUGUCUUGAAUGGGCAAACUGAAAUAGUGAAACUCAUCGUGAAGUCUCUGUUUGGUGAGUCUGUGAGGGACGGCGGGGUGUUUGGUUUUUGUGGGAAGACAAGUGAAAAUAAUUGUUUCACAAAAUUUGGUAAGUCUGUGAUAGAUGACAGCGGAACUGUUUGGUAAGUCUGUGAUGGUUGGCGGCGUAAGUGUUUGGUAAGUCUGUGAUAGAUGGCGGCGUAACUGUUUGGUAAGUAUGUGCUAGAUGGCGGCGUAAGUUUUUGGUAAGUCUGUGAUAGAUGGCGACGUAAGUGUUUGCUAAGUCUGUGCUAGAUGGCGGCGUAAAUUGUAAAUGUUUGGUAAGUCUGUGAUGGAAGGCGGCAACACAAUGGUCGGCAAAACAGAAAUGAGAGUAGCAGAAUAUGGGAAAACCUGAGAAAAAAAAAUGAGGCAACGAACGUGUCGGAAAGAUUGCUUCUUCAGAGUACAAUGAACAGUAAACACAAUUUUUUUUUAAAAUAAGAUUUAGCUGCAAUAUAGAAUCCGAGAGGACAGAAAGAUGAAUGAUACGGAGAAAAAAGAGCUUCAUUUAAUUUAUAAUCCAAUUUUUCAGAUUUUAAGUCCAAUUGUUGUUUAGGGUGGUAACCAUGAAAAAUCUCAGACUUGGUUUUUCCCUACGUUGAAAAUAAAAAGCUUACUAUUAAAUAUAUUUAAAUCGUUUAUUUCCUUGGCCCAUUAGGUGCCCUAGAAGUGGACGCGCUCAACAAUCAGAAGAAGACGCCCCUUCACCUGGCCAUUGCCACAGGGAAUCCAGAAAUGGUGUCCUUGUUGCUGGACCUGAAUUCCAGCACCGACAUCACGGACGACUCGGAGAUGAUGCCCAUCCACCUGGCGGCUGAA